AUGACAUCCCACUCCAGCUACGGCCCCAACACCACGGCCACCGAGGUCGCCCUCGCCUUCAAGGACCAGAUCAAGGGCAAGACCGUCGUCAUCACCGGCGUCAGCCCCAACGGCAUCGGCGCCGCCACCGCCCUCGCCAUCGCCUCCCAACACCCCGCCGCCCUCGUCCUCGCCUCCCGCACCCAAGCCAACCUCGACGCCGUCGUCGCCGACAUCCGCGCCCAGCACCCCACCUCCUCCCUCACCCCUGCCACCGUCCUCCUCGACCUCUCCUCCCUCGACUCCAUCCGCGCCGCCGCCGAGCGCAUCACCUCCUCGUCGACCGCAUCGACGUCCUCAUCAACAACGCCGGCGUCACCCUGCAGACCCGCGAUGCCGUCACCACCCCGGCGGCGCCGUCGUCGACCUGCAGCUCUUCACCAACCAUGUCGGCACUUUUCUCCUCACCUCGUUGCUGCUGCCCCGCAUCACCGCUUCGGGCGCCGCCGCUCGCGUCGUCAACCUGAGCAGCAUGGGCCACCGCCUCUCCCCAUCCGCUUCAGCGACUACGCCUUCCAAAAGGACCUCUACGAUGGCCACACCGGCGACUACCCCGGCUUCGUCGGCUACGGCCAGAGCAAGACCGCCAACGUCCUCCACGCCUGGGAGCUCACGCGCCGCGCCCACGCCCGCGGUGACGCCGUCCUCUCCCUCUCCGUUCACCCGGGUACUAUUGUCACCGGCCUCACUCGCAGCCUCGACACCGAGGGUCGCGCCGCCAUGGACGGCACCGCCCCCAACGGUAUCCCCAAGACCCUCGACGAGGGCGCCGCUACUACCCUCGUCGCUGCCUUUGAUCCCGCUCUCGCCCAGGGCGACGUUGCUGCCGGACCCCUCUUCCUCGCUGAUUGCCAGCUUGCUCCUGAGAAGAUGGCGCCCCAUGGACAGGAUGGUGCGGCUGCUCAGAGGCUUUGGGACGAGACGGAGAAGAUGCUCGGCAUCAAGUGCUUGUAA